UAAAGCAGAACGUGCACCACUUGUCAGCGACAGUGAAGUAAGAAAGCUGAAGGAGAAGUUUGGCGAUACAAAGCAGUCCAGAUCCACCAGUGCAUCUACGAGUUUGUGUCGAAAGCCAGCUAGUGUAGCAUAUGAAACUUGUGUUGGGGAGAAUUCAACGUCUGUUGAGGCCCAUGUGAACGUUCUACAAAGUGAGUAUCAGAAGAAACAUCCAGACAUCUCGACUGUCAAAGACCGCAUGGCACGAACAUUCUCCUGGAGACAUCGAGAAAUCACGGAAGGAAUGUCUGUGGAGGAUGUAGUCAGAAAUUACCCAUACUUAAGAACGCCUGAUGGAUUUUUUGAUGAGAUUGACCGAAUCCAUCCCUCACCAAGCAGCUUCUGUCAUCGCUUCAGAGAGGGCUUUGCUAGAGUUCUGCCAAAUGUGCUGAAACUUGCCACAGCAAAACAGUACACUGAAACAAGACAGAAUGCCCUGGCUGAAGAUCUACCAGGAAUUGACUUAAGGGCUGGUCUUAUCUUCUUGCCAUCCAUCUUCAGAGAAAAGAUCGAACACUACAUUACUAUGAAAGAGGAGGACCCUGCUACCCCCUUUCCAACAAUUCAACUGAUGGAGAAUGAUUGGAAGACGGCAAUCAUUAGAAGAGAGCACAGCGUGGUGAAGGUGGAUGGCAUGGUUGUGUGCCAGUGCACCAGCCUAGACGAGGCCUUCAUGACUGCCUUCUGUAUGUAUUUUACUUUUAACAUCACAUAUCCACCACACCUGAAGAACACUCUCACUUUCCUUCAGAGGCGCAUUGGCAACAUCGUGGAUGAGGGAGACAAGCCACUGCCAGUCACUUUACUAAGGACGAUAAACCUUUAUAUUAAAUCCUCAUGCCUCAAAUGUACCAUUGCCCAAAAUCCUUUGUUUUUGGACAAUCUGAUGACAAAAAUGACUGUCCCAGUGAAGAAGAGUCAGCAGUACAGCAACACAGCUUGA